GCCGUCCUCAUGUGGACACUGUAGCUGCUCAGACUCUAACUGUCUCGCGUUGAGACCAACUCUUUUUGGUCCUCGGGUUACUCCGUAGCACGCAGUUCCACACUACAACGUGCGAGGAGCAACAAAGUGUGGACUUCUGGUUUGAAUAGCUAAAAGUGCUGCUAGCAACGACUCAAUAAAUCAACAAUCAUGGCAGAGAAUCAAGUAGAGAUGUCUCCACUUGAGAUGAAAGUUGCACGACAAAUAGAGUACUACUUUGGGGAUCACAAUCUUCCGAGAGACAGGUUUCUCAAAGAACAACUCCAGCUUGAUGAUGGCUGGGUGACUUUAGAGACGAUGCUUAAAUUCAACAGACUGAAGUCUUUAACUACAGAAAGCAGCGUCAUCGUUGCAGCUGUCCAGAAGUCAAAGACCGGCCUCUUGGAAAUCAGUGAAGACAAGACUAAAGUCAGGAGGUCCCCAAACAAACCCUUACCUGAAGUGAACGAUGAAUACAAAGACGCUGUCAAACACAAAUCUGUGUACAUUAAAGGUUUUCCUCUCGAAACCACCCUUGACGAGAUUCAGGAGUGGCUGAAUGGGAAAGGCACCAUAGAAAACAUUCAGAUGAGGAGAAACCUGCAGAAGCAGUUCAAGGGAUCAGUGUUUAUCUGUUUCGACACAGAGGAGUCCUCUAAGCAGUUCCUAGAACGUUCAGACAUCAAAUCAUUCAAAGACAACGAGUUGCUUGUGUUAUCAAGAGAAGAUUACCAUGCAAAGAAAGCAGAAGAGAGAAAACAGUUCAAAGCAGAGACAAAAGCAAAAGCUAAACAGGACAAAGAACAGCAGCAGAAACACGUAGAAGAGAAAGAAAUGGACCUGCUUUUGGACGAACAGACAGGUUGCUUGUUGAAGUUUUCAGGAGAGCUUGAAGACGUUUCAAGAGAGGACUUCCAUGAAUUGUUCUCUGGCCAUGGAAAGAUCAAGUGGGUUGAUUUUACAAGAGGAGCCAAAGAGGGCACCCUCCUUUUCGAUGGGAACGCCAAGGAAGCGUUCGAUAAGGCCAAAGAGGCAAACGGAGGAGAACUGAAAGUCAAGGACGGCAGUGUUACAUGGCAGGUACUUGAGGGAGAUGAGGAGAAAGAGGUACUGAAGAAGAUUAUCGAAGCUCAACAAGAGUCCUACAGCAGGUCCAAAGGCAGAGGUGGCAGAGGAAGAUCAGGUGGCAGAGGAAGAGGAGGCCGAAGGGGAAGAGGCGGAAGAGAUCAUGGUGCAACUCAGUACAAGGGCAAAAAGACAAAAUUUGACAGUGAUGAUGAGGAUGAUGCACCUGCAGCCCCAAAGAGAGAACUAGAAGAAGCUGAUGGUCCUGCAGCAAAGGUUGCCAAAACUGAAAAUGGAUCUUAGUCACAAAAUCACACCUAGAUUUUUUUCUCUUUUUUUGAAAACAUUUAUUAUAAACAGUAAAAAUGCAGAGGCAGUUUGAGUCCAUUCCAGUGAAAGCGUCAGGCGUUUGCGAAUCGCAGGAAGUCCACCUGGAUGUCAACCUAGAGAACAAUUGACAAAGCUUGGCAUCAGUUUUCAGCCUUUUAAGUCCCUGUAUAUUGUGCCUCUCACAUUGUGUACUUUUUUUUCUUCUUAAGAUGUCUUUGGUUUUAUCAUAUUCUGCAUAAAUCUGCUCUUUGACAGUAAUUUAAUUUCACCUGGACAAUAAUUUGAUUUUGCAAGACCUGUGACAUCUAGAAUCUGUCAUUGUAUUGUUUUUCCUUGUAGAUUUCCUACAUUGAGUGAUAACAUCACAUGCUUUGCUAUUUUUAAGUUUGUAUAUGUGAAUAGCAAAUAAAACAUUUAAAACUAAUUUGACAAGA